UGGGUGCUGGUGGCGGAGAGGCCUCGGUGCGGCGGCCGGGCCGGGCCCUGCGGGAGGGGCGGCGGCGGCACCAACCCGGAACUGUGGGGCGGCGCGGAGCCCCGGCGGGAGCCAUGCCGCCGCCCAAGGACGUGGUGAAGAUCGCCAUCCAGAUGGUGGGAGCCAUCCCGCAGCUCAUCGAGCUCCAGCAGACCAAGCCCCUCGCCGCGGUGCUCAAGGACGUCUGCGACGCGUGGAGCCUGCCCAACGCCGAGCACUACGCGCUGCAGUACGCGGACGGGCGGCAGACCUACAUCACCGAGUCGAACCGCAGGGAGAUUAAGAACGGGAGCAUUUUGCGGCUGACCACCUCCCCGGACCAAGAAGCAGAGCGGUUGUACAGCGGGAUCCAGAGCAAGAACGUGGAUGUGAAGACUGACUCACUGAAGAAGCUUGCAAGCCUCUCCCAGGAUGUUACCUUUGCUCAAGAGUUCAUCAGCAGGAAUGGCUUGAAACAGAUUUACUCUAUUGUGGAAGAAGGGAACGAUACAGGGGAGAUGCUGGCUCACACUCUGAAAGCCUUCACAGAGCUGAUGGAGCAUGAUUUUGUUUCCUGGGAAAAUCUUAGUACAGUCUUCAUCAAGAAGAUAAUGAGUUUUGUCAAUAUGAAUGCGGUGGAUGCAUCCAUCCAGCAGCUCUCCUUGUCUAUCCUGGAGAACAUGGUGCCUACCAGUCGCCUCCUCUUUGAGCUGGUCAAAAAAGAAGUGACGUUGGAUCGUCUUCUCACCCACCUGCAGGUGACAAAUGCCGAGCUGCAGCUGAAGGCCAUGGCCCUGCUCAUCGCGCUGCUGCUGACGGCGACCGACGCCGAGCGGCGGGACAUGAUGGACUACCUAAGAGAGAAGAACAUCAGGCAGUUUAUCCACAAGAACAUCAUCCACAGCUCUGAGCCACUGGGGGACGAGAUGGCCCAUUACCUGUAUGUGCUGCAGUCUGUCAGCCUCAACCUGUGCGAGCAUCGCAUGAGGACCUCCAUGGAUCCCUACUCACAGGAACAGCGGGAGCUCCUCCAGUCCCUGCGCCAAACUGCCUUUGAGUUGGAGAGCGAGGCACCUGCCGGCAACUUCAGCACCGAGCGCCGGCGAUCCCUGUGUGCCAAGGAAUUCCGCAAGCUGGGCUUCAUGAACAACAGCAACCCAGCAGAGGACCUCCGCCGUGCCCCACCGGGACUCCUUGCCCUGGACAACAUGGUGUAUUUCUCCAGGAACACCCCCAAUGCCUACAGCAGGUUUGUCCUCGAGAACAGCAGCCGGGAAGACAAACACGAAUGUCCCUUCGCUCGAAGCAGCAUCCAGCUCACCCUGAUCCUCUGUGAGAUCCUGCAUGUCGGAGAGCCGUGCUCGGAGACGGCUCAGGCCUUUUACCCUAUGUUCUUCGGGCAGGAUCAUUUCUUCGAAGAGCUUUUCUGCAUCUGCAUCCAGCUGGUGAACAAGACCUGGAAGGAGAUGCGUGCGACCCAGGAGGACUUUGACAAGGUGAUGCAGGUGGUGCGGGACCAGAUCACCAGGACCCUGGCCCUCAAGCCCACCUCCCUGGAGCUGUUCAAGACCAGAGUGAACGCGCUGAACUACAGCGAGAUCCUGAAGCUGCGGCAGACGGAGCGGCUGCACCAGGAGGAGACGCUGGCUGUGCCCGUGCUGGAACUGCGGGAGAGGCUGAAGCCGGAGCUCCUGGAGCUGAUCCGACAGCAGCGCCUGCUGCACCUCUGCGAGGGCACCCUCUUCCGCAAGAUCAGCAGCCGCCGCAGGCAGGACAAGCUGUGGUACUGCCGCCUGUCACCCAACCACAAGGUACUGCACUAUGGGGACGUUGAGGAGGGGGUGGAGUCUCCCCCCAUCGAGAGCUUGACAGAGAAAAUUCCUGUGGCAGACAUGAAGAUGCUGCUGGUGGGGAAGGAGUGUCCACACACAAAGGAGAAGAGCUCCGGGAAGCAGAACAAGGAUGUCCUGGAGCUGGCCUUCUCCAUCGUGCAUGACGUGGAAGAAUACUGCCUCAACUUCGUUGCCCCCACCCGGUACGAGUUCUGCCUCUGGACGGAUGGGCUGAACGUGCUCCUGGGCAAGGAGAUGACGAGUGAGCGAACACAGACAGACCUCGAUGUCCUGCUGUCCAUGGAGCUCAAGCUGCGGCUCCUGGACCUGGAGAACAUCAGCAUUCCCGACACCCCCCCUCCCAUCCCAAAGCCCCCCAGCAACUUAAACUUCUGCUACGACUUCAGCCAUGCAGAGCAGUGAGUUCCUCCCUGUGCCCCGUACUCCCCCCCUAUGCCCCUCAAAAUCAAACCCCUUCCUCCAGGCCCUGUCUCUCAUCUCUGGCCCAAAGGGACAAGCCCAGGUGCUCGCUGGGGGCUUGGGUGGCCCACCCUUUCCUGCCUGCAUCCUGCCCUCCUGUGAGAACAUGGGAAUGAGCUGCUGAGUAUCAGGCUCUUGUUCAAGGGGGGUGACUCAGCUGCUUUGCCCCCCUGCCGUGGGCAGGCAAAACAAAAUUCCCAGACAGCCAAACCCCUCUGUGGUGGCACUGACCCUACACACACUACAGGCAGGUUUUGGGCAGAGAGGGCAAGGAUGUGGGCAGGAAUAAAGGUACAGGCAGCCCUGGGAUAGCUGGAGCUGGGGUAACACUACAAAGGUACAAAUCUGCACUGCCUGACUUUUGCCAUCAGUGUAGGGGAUCCUUUCUGGACAAGAAGGUGGUUGGGAAAAGGAUAAAACACACCUUUCCACUAAGUUUGUCAAGGAGACAGCAUCUCCCGAGCACGGUGUGCCUGCCAGGUCCCUUCCGCACUGAAAUGUGUUUUUGCUGAGUCCUGUCCUGGAAGGGGGGUGUUUAGGGAACAAGCCCCCUUUUCCCAGCACCAGUCAGCUGGGCCUGGUGAGGAGGAGACCCCAGUCUGCCCUUGCUGCCCAGCACUGUGAUGUUUUGCCAAUCCUGGUGCCUUCCCCCCGCCCUGGGCGGGCACUUGCACACUUCAGCCAUGCUGCUGCACUACUGCACCACGACAAGCUACCUCCUCCCGGCCCCCACGGCCCCCACCCUGGUGCCCUGCACCUCCUCGUGCCUGCAGCUUCUCCCAGGGGUGUUGUGGUAACAACCACAGCCGCAGGUCAUGGGGAUCCAGCUGUGCCUCUGCCUCCUGUGUACAGGACAAUAAACACCUGUGGAGAACUCGGA